AUGACCAGCACACUACCGCCGUUGGUUCAGGCCGUCUCAGGCGCCAUUGGCAGCGCAUCCGCCAAUACCUUGACAUAUCCCUUUGCCCUGGUGACUACGCGACUGCAGUUGGAGAAGGGGCACAGAAAGGAGACCGGCCUACGCCGAGCGUUCCAUGUAUUAUACGGGAUAUUUAGAAAGGACGGCUUGGAGGCCCUAUACGAUGGGCUUUCAGCAGAUACAAUCGCAACGCUGUUGUCGAAUUUCUUUUAUUUCUACUUCUAUUCGUUUAUGAGAUCGCUGGUUACGACGCGUCGUCUGAAGCUGAACCCGGCGGCACAUCACAAACCCGGAAGCGUGUAUAAACCUACGAUAGUGGAAGAGCUAGUCCUAGGCUUCGUGGCUGGCGUCGCGUCGCGCGCAGUGUCGAUGCCGAUGAAUAUUGUCACUCUGCGGCUGCAGACUGAAAGAGGAGAUAGCGAGACGGACAGCGAGGAUAUCGCAUCAGAUGUGUCCGAGGAAGAGACAGCUACACCUUCCGACAAUAGCGUUAGUGAAUCCGGAUUACGCUCGGUCUUCGCUUCGAUUUACCGCGAAGAGGGAUUGGCUGGGUUCUGGAAAGGCUUCAGGUUGUCGAUCCUGCUAUCCCUCAACCCGUCCAUAUCUUUGGCGCUGUUCCAGCUAUUUCGCCGCGUUCUAGCUGUGGCGAGAAGAACCCCGACUUCUCAUGCGCUACCUAAUGCAAGUCCAAAAGAGGCGUUCUUCGGUGGUGCUAUCUCAAAUUCGUUGGCGGUUGCUCUGCUCUACCCUCUGCUGCUUGCCAAGACGCGGUUACAGGCAUCGACUGCUGAAUCUCUGCAGGAAGUCAUUGUUGAUUCGUACACUGGUACCUACCACAGGCACCCUUCAAAAUACGCUGGUAACUCGCUUCCUCUACCUGGAAACACUAAGCCUCUCAAGGCGGGAUCGGGGAGGGUCUCGAAUUGUAUCAAGCUCUCCCUAGUCAAUUAG